AUGGAUCCUUCGUGCAUCAGAACUCUGCAGGUAGCGGGCGAUGGCGUUGAUAAUGACUGCGAUCAGUUGAUUGAUGAGGAGAUCCCAAACGGGAUAGAUGAUGACGGUGAUGGGUGGACAGAUGAGGAUGUGCCAGCUGUUGACAUCGCCUGUGAGGAACCAGGUGAACCAAUAGGGAUGGAGUCAGGAUUCAUACCAGACGAAAGUAUCACUGCUUCCACCGAGUAUUCAUAUUAUUUGAGGGCUUCUGAAGCAAGGCUGCAAGGCAGCUCUUCCUGGGCAAGCGGACCAUUGGAUCUCAGUCAAUGGCUACAGGUUGACUUGGGUUGGAUGCACCCCAUCAGUGGUGUCAUCACACAGGGCCGGCCUGAUCGUGAUCAAUGGGUCACAUCAUACAAGCUGCAACACAGCAUCUUUGGGGAUCAGUUUACCACAAUUGUAGACCUGUUUACUGGCUUAGACAAGGUGUUCACAGCAAACAGUGACAGAGAUACAGAGGUAACAAACCUCCUAGAUGAGCCAAUCAUCACACGGUUUGUGCGCUUCUGGCCGCAGACAUGGUUCAAUUGGAUAAGUAUGAGGGUGGAAAUCCUUCGCUGUUGGAAAACAGCCAACCUCCGAUGCCCCCCUGAGUAUGAGUUAUUCCACUCAGUUUGCUACAAGGCUUUUGGUGAACAGCUGACUUUUGCUGAAGCAGAGAGACUUUGCGAGGACAACGACGCGCUCCUUGCCAUGCCACAUGACACUGAGACGGAUCAAUUCUUGAUCGGCCUGAAAAAUUCUGUGAAUCCUAAUUCCUUAUUUUGGAUUGGGCUGAGUGACCGUUCCGAGCCGGGAUUGUUCAAGUGGAAUGAUGGUACAAGGUUACAGCCCAGUUCCACAAGAUGGUCUCCAGGCGAACCUUCUCUCAUACAGAGUCGUGAAAACUGUGUGCUGUACUUGAGUAGUUCUUCAAAUUUAUGGGCCAACAGACCUUGUGCAACACAGGUUGCCAGUUACAUCUGUGAAGUACCAGCUCGCUGUCCAUUUGUGCAAGUAAGUGGUCUGGCAGGGGACUGUGCCAGUAGAAUGGGAACAUACGUGCUCACCAACAUGCUCUCUGCUGACCGCCCAGUCUACCAACACCUGACCAAUGGUCAAUUCAUCUAUGCCACUGAUGACCCCCAACUCGCCCAUCCUGUGGGAUGGUACAUUGGACCAGAAGUUGGUGCUUUACAUGGCUGUCCAGCAGAAUACACCCACACCCAUGGAAGAUGUCUUAGGAUUUACAGGGAAGAAGCAACCUACUCCUCUGCCGUAGCAACCUGUGCUGCUGCCAGUGGUUUUGUCAUGAUGCCAAAAAAUUCUGAGCUGAAUGAAGUACUCGAAGCUCAAGUUUUUGACGAAAGUGAAUCCUAUUGGGUGGGACUGACAGACCCGGGGGAAGGCAGGCAUUGGAUCUGGACAGAUGGUUCUGUGUUAGGGGAUGGACACUUCCACGAUUGGAAGUAUCCAUCGUACAUAGAUACAAGCAAUUUCUUGGGAAAGGGGGAGAACUACUGUGCUGCAGCCGUGAUUUACCAUAAAAAGUCAGUCUGGGUGCCCACAAGCUGUGACAACAAGUUCAGAUUCAUCUGCCAAAUCAUUCAAUGA